AUGCGUCUUUUGUGGUUUUGUUUUUUAAUAUUAACCGUUUUCGAAUUUACAUCGACGGGAGUGUACGGACAAGAUUUCGAAGUACCCGUUCAAUUGAUCGGAUUUCCGGUUAUUAUGAUAGCUGUGAAACUAUCAAAUUUCGUUAAAAAACUCGCUUACGCCGUAAAUCCUUCGACUUAUCAUAAAAGAGGUAAGAGAUCAGCAUUUCCCGACGAAAUGAACGUGAUGGAAGUCGAACGGAAAUUGAUCGAGGAAAUGGGUGAAAAAUUUUGCGUUUACGAAAACGUUUGCGAAAAAUACGCAGAAAGAGCAAACAAAUUGGAAACGGAAAAUAAAGUUUUAGAUUGGGACAACGUAUUUGCCAUGUACGAAGACAAACCUGUAGACAGUAGAAAAUAUUAUUUAUUAAGUGUUUUCUUAGGGGAUAUCGUCGGGUCACCAGAUUUGUGCCGUUCUCUUGCCAAAAGAGGAAGAUCGUACAAUAAUAAUUAUAAUUUAAUCUUCGAAAUAUGUAUUCCCGAUCGAAUUAUUUUUAUCAUUAUUUUUUCUUUUAAAAAAAAAACGUGA